AGCAUUUUUAUUUCCUUGCAGAAAAGUGUAUUUAAUAUAUCGACUUUAAAAAAAAAGAUCUAGGCCUAAAUAUAAAUGUAUUUUUUUAAUGAGCAAACUUUAAAUAAUUACUUGUAUUAACUUAGUAAACUAAAAUGGAACUUGAUAGGACAACUCGGACUUUCUUGGUGUUUUUUCUAUGUCUAGCUUUGGAAGUAUCAAAUUUGUGCGAGUCAUCAAUGAGAAUAGUUCCAUCACGAAGAAGAGUUUCGCUCAGCAGAUGCAGGGGCGUGAGAUACUCCAGGCUGGGGUGCUUCACCUUGGACCCUCCCUUCAACAACACCCAGUGGCUACCUCAGAGUCCUUCGGUGGUGAACACUCGGUUUUUGCUGUACACCAGACAUAACCCUACUACCGGACACAGACUGGACGCAGACAACAGUUCCAGCAUUACUUCUUCACAUCUGACUGGUGACAAAGACAUCAAAAUAUUGAUUCAUGGCUUCUUACAGUACGGCAGUAUGGAGUUUCUGGUCAACAUGACAGAAGCCUUACUUCAUGUUGCUGAUGUCAAUGUUGUAGUUGUUGACUGGGGCGACGGUGCCGGCUUUCCCUAUACGCGCGCUGUAGCCAAUGCCCGACUGGUGGCAGCACAGACAUCAAGGCUACUAAACAGCAUUUUCCAGCUCACUGGAGCCAACUCCGAUAGAGUCCAUCUGAUUGGACACAGCCUUGGCGCACAUGUGGCGGGCUAUGUUGGAGCAAGCAUCCCUGGUAUUAGUCGGAUCACAGGUCUGGACCCAGCUCAGCCCAACUUCUCUGGAUUCAGUCAGGCGGUGAGACUGGAUCCUACUGAUGCUAGUUUUGUGGACGUUAUCCACACAGAUGCUGAGCCUUACGACACAGUUAGAGGUUACGGCAUGAUUGAGCCAGUGGGUCACGUUGACUUCUACCCAAACGGGGGACGUGCUCAGCCAGGAUGUCAGGAGGAGACCUCGGUCUUAGGAUUCAUGGAGGACGUGGUCAGCAAUGGAAUUACAGAUGCAGAGUUUCACGUCAGUUGCAGCCAUGAGAGAUCCACCGAGCUGUUCACUGCUUCCAUUCGGCAGACGACAUUCGGCUCGUGCCAGUUCACAAGUUACCCAUGCUCCUCGGCGGAACGUUUUUGGCAGGGGGAGUGCCGUCACUGCGGUAACAGACCGUGUCCGGUCAUGGGCUACCAUGCUGACUUGUACUUCAGGUCAAGGGGAUCGUAUUAUCUCAAUACAACUGGAUCGCAGCCUUUUUGUACAUACCACUAUGUGGUCACAUUGAGGGCAGCGCCACGCACGGACAAUUUGGCAGGAACGGUCAUGUUUCAGCUGACGGGCAGCCAAGGAAGUGUCGGCUGGAUGGAGAUGACGUCAGGUCAACAGCGGAUAUCAGGAGACAUGUCGAGAUUGGUUGUUGUGCACUUUGAUAUUGGCGACGUCACUCGAGUGGACAUCCGAUUCUUAAGUGCAGAUGGACAAACAGACCAGAGACUAGUAGAUGUCCAGUGGAUUGAGGUGGACAACAUGAUGCAUAACCCAACGAGAUACUUCAGACAGCCCAGCAUGUCAGUUGGCUGGGAGCCGCCCCUGAGUGUUACCUCAUGGACCUAUACACCACCUUACAGUUAACUCACUGAACCACGUAUCAAGCAUUUAUGGAUAAAACUCACUGUCGAUACAUGCUAGUGUCACA